ACUUUCCUUCUUUCCAUUCAUCAGGGUUGGUGCGGUGGAUAGGAGGCGUUGGGUGGACUGGCUUGCUAGCUGUGUGAACUGUGGAGUUGUUUUGCCCAGCGCUACGUGAGCUUCGUGUCUGCGGUCAUGGCAAGGGUGAACCCGUACAGUGACUGCGUGAGAACUCUUGCUGUGGACGGCAAGGAAUACCGGUAUCACAGUCUUCCCGACCUAGGGGAUGCCCGUUACGGCCGUUUGCCAUUUGCGGUGCGCGUGCUGCUUGAGUCUGCAGUGCGGCACUGUGAUGGCUUCCAAGUCAAGAAGCGGGAUGUGGAGGCACUGCUGGACUGGCAGUCUCUGCAGGGCAAAGAUGUCGAGAUAGCCUUCAAGCCAGCACGGGUGCUUCUCCAGGAUUUUACGUGAGUGGAACGGGGCUCAGUAAAUCUUGUU